CUUAUCUUCCUGAAUCGACAACCAACCAGAUUCCAGGUUACAUUCACAGUAGGUGAACCUCCAUCUAGCAGAAUGGCUGAACGCAUGGAUUUGGCUCGUCUUUUAGCCCAACUUGAUCGUCCCAGUGACGAAGAACAUGGUGACACAGACACAAGUAGUAUGCAGGACAGUGAUUCUGCUGAAUACGUGACGGUUGACCCUGUUAUAACCUUUGAUGGAGACCCUUCCUCUGCAACAACAGAAUCUCUUGGGGAAGGAUGUUCUAGUAAAAAUACCACAGAUGAAGAUAUUGCUCGUCCAGAUCCGAUGGAGGCCUCUACGAUUGCUGACGACUCUCAGAAAGAUCCAGAUGUUGCAGACUCCUGCGUGGACGAUGACUCCUCCACUGAUGAAUCUGCGUCCCUGGGUGAACAUCUUAAAAAGGGACGGUCUCGUAAACGAGCACGAGAUCCAAGUCAAUGGAAAGCUAAUGUACGGAAGAGGCUAUGAAGGGAAACCCUACCUUUCUGUUAGGAAGAAGAUGGUAACAGGGAGAGAAAUAAAGAAUUUGAAAAACUGUCAUACGUCUUGCAGGUUUAAAUGCAUGGAAAACAUUAGCCAGGAAGACAGGGUUCAGAUUCAUGAUGCUUAUUACCAGUUGAAUCAAAACCGUAAAUAUGAUUUCAUUGCUACAACUACAAGUUACGGUAAGACAGACAGGCCCACUGGAAAGGGCCCCUCCCGGAGGAAGAAAUCAAUUAGAUAUUUCUUCUUCCUUUCCGAGAAGAAAAUGCGUGUUUGCAAGC